GGCUCACAGAAGAGGAGAAGCAAAGAAAUAAUGGCAAUGUCCUCAGCACUAAAUUUGUCUAUGACGAGUCCAACGACACUACUUAUCCUUCUUCUUUAUCAGGUUUCUUCCCCGAUCUUGUCAAAUGUCAUUGCCGCGGAACUUCUUUCGAUCUACCAACUUUGGGCGACGGCAUCGAGCUCAUCAUGGGCCUUCUCGGCGGUGUCCAUCUAGGCGCUUCGGCGCUUGCAGGAUUCCCAUCCCUUCAAACUCUCCCUUUCCAAGGUUCGCUCGGGUUUCACGGUGUCAAUGUGUUUCAAUCCGACAGUCGCAACAGGUCCAUGAUCAUCACUAUCCAUAACAAGCACGAACACCCAAACCUACCCCCAUUAGCCCAAGCUAUGAUUGGUCAACGGACAUUUCACAGUUGGCCAUAUCUACAAGAAGGUCUCGUCGUCGCUUUAUCUGAUCAGAAUCACAAAUACGAGCUUCAACAACAAGGCAAGUCUACCCGGAUCAUUUCGACACCUUACAAUCCCUUUCAAGCGAUAUCAUGGAAGAAAGCGGCCGAUCAUAUCGAACAUCACAGUUCGAAACGUUUCGGAAUCAUCACCGGUCCCGUAGAGGUCAUGCUACAUGUGCGACCGCUCAAAGGGUUGAAGAGGAUGGAUACUGGUGCUUUGGUCAAAGACUACGAUUCGGCGGACAAGGAGAUUACUCAAGCUUUACAGUUGGCGGUCAAUCAGGUGACUUUCGAAGAUGAACGAUAUAUUGAGAAAGAUGCCCCUCCUAUGGCACAGGAUUUCCCCGUGGGAG